AUGGACGAAUACGGUGAUUUUGACAAUAGAGACACAUAUGAUACGGAUGAGGCGGCCUUCCUCACGUCCCGCCUUGCAAUGCGUGCUGAGGAAGUGGAAGCGAAUGUGAGCGGCUCGCAGUUUCUUAACUCACCUCGCAAUGGCAGCACUUUAGACGCAGAAGAGGACGAGGAGGCCAAUUUUACACCAAAUGUGUUGGGAGGUCCAACGAAUGACACGCCAUUAUUUUACGGGGAGGAACUUGACUCGUUGAUACAGUCACAAGAGCGAAAUGUGGCUGGAAACGUCACGACUCAAAACAUAGAUGCCAGUGAGGGGGAUGCGCUGCACAUUGACGAGCAUGAAGAAAAUGAUGACAUCGACAAUAAUGACGUUGAUGACGACGACGAAGGUGAUGAUGAUGAUGAUGAUAAUAAUAAUAAUAAUUUUCUAAUUGAUAACUACGAACCCCCGGAGCACACGGAUAUGGCGAGUGGCGGUUCCGGUUGUGAGGGAGGGGGCGACCGUACGCCGUUCGCCCUUUCCCGUGUGAGGGAGCUACUAAAAUUUCAUAGCAAUUCGACUAUUGUUUCCAAGGAUGCGGUUACUACGGCAUCGGAGGCUGUGGUACUCAUUUUACAGGAUUUGACACGAAUGGCUGCGGCACAGGCGGAGCGGAACAACCGCAAAACUGUGAGAUAUUCCGACGUGGCGACUGUGGUGCAGCACUAUGACCGGUUUUCCUUCCUUUUAGAUAUCCUACCACCAGUACCUGAGGUUAAGAAGCACUCAUCUAAGCCAGUGCAGAGGCAAACUGCUAUCGUACCGACAGGUUCAAAGGUUGGCCAAACACCGCGGAGUUCUCAGAAGCAACAGCAGCUGCAGCAGACGGGCACCCAGCGGGGCAGCCACAUGCGACAGGCCAAACUUAGUUUCGGCAAUGCGGCCGACUGCAUAUAA